AUGGCCCGAAUAUUUGGAUCCACACCUAUAGCCAUAGAGCUAGCAGAACAUGUGUCUUCUGAUCUUUUGUUCAUAGUGGUUAUUGUACUGUCGUCGGAAUCUGUACUAUUGAAGCUGUUGCUACGAAUUUACGACAACAUCAAAGCGAAAUAUCCCUCAGUUUUGACCAAAGUUUACCAUGUGAAAGGUGGCGUGAGUCUACCGGAUUUAAGUCCUUCGCGAGAAAAUAGAAAUGUGUACACGAGUUUGAAACCUUCAGAGGUGAUCGAUAUGUGUGACAAAUUAGGAAAAACAUCCAUCAACCAAAUAGAAAAAAAAAUUUUAAGAACUGAUCCAAACACAUACACAUUCAGUAAGAAUUUGGCAGUGCAGAUAGUAACAAGCAAGUGCAAAGAUCUGCCAGUUGCGAUAGUCCGGCCAAGUAUAAUUGGAGUCUCUGUGGAAGAACCAUGUCCUGGAUGGAUACAGAAUAUUUCUGCAUUUACAGGUACCAUUAUGCUAAUCGGCAGAGGAUGUGCAACAGCAGUACGGGGCAGGAGAGAUGCAAGAUCGGACUUAGUGCCUGUUGAUUUCGUAAUCGACACGAUAAUAUGUACUGAAUGA